AUGGCUCAUCAUGAUGAAGAGAUCAAUCGAAUUGCCGAUGAAGAUUAUGGCCAAGAGAAAAAUAGAGAAGUUUUCUUGCCCUAUCGAUGCCACUCCUUAGGUGAUAUUACUAACUACAAAAGUCAUCCGGGAAAUGUUGUCGAAGCUGCUUCUUUAGCUGCUCAAAUCCUGCCGCCUACUAACUAUCCGCUAAAAGAUGCCUUACCACCACAUUUAAUACUUGAUUGUAAAUUAAGUGAUUUGCAAUUAGAAGGUAUCUUACAUGCAUGCCAACGCCAUCAGAUGAUCUUGCCGAAGGGUGCUAGAGCUGGAUUCUAUCUUGGAGAUGCUGCUGGAGUAGGCAAAGGAAGACAAAUUGCUGGUAUCAUUAUUAAUAAUUAUGUCCGUGGCCGACGAAAACAUUUAUGGUUUAGCACAUCUCACGAUUUAAGGAUAGAUGCUGAAAGAGAUUUAAAAGAUAUAAAUUGCUUUAUUAAGGUCAUUGAUGGCUGUCAAGAGUUAGAUCGUGAGACCAGAGUUGCAGGCAUGUCUCCACAAGUCAAAGAUGGCAUUCUAUUUAAUACUUAUGCUACGUUGAUAUCAUCAGGUCAACGUGGUUUCAAUCCAACCCAUACACGAGGUAGUCGAAUACAACAAAUUCUGGAUUGGUGUGGCGAUAAUUUUAAUGGUUGCUUAAUCUUUGAUGAGUGCCAUAAAGCGAAACAAUUUAUACCCGGCAAUGAAGCUGCCAGUACCAAAGCUGCAGUUGCUGCAAUUGCCUUACAAAGGCAAUUGCCUAAGGCUCGCGUUGUCUAUUGCAGCGCUACCGGUGUCACUAAUGUUAAGAAUAUGGCAUUUAUGGAAAGACUUGGACUAUGGGGUGAUAAUACAGCCUUUAAAAAUGUUGAAAAUUUUAUCCAAGCCAUGACCACACGUGGUCUAGGCGCAUCAGAAAUGUUAGCCAUGGAAAUGAAAGCUGCAGGAAUGUAUGUUUCAAGAGGUCUAAGCUUUGAAUCUGCUGAAUUUCACACUGUUGAAAUUAAUUUAACCGAUGAACAAAUUAGAGUGUAUAAUUUAUCUGCUCGAGUCUGGCAACAAUUAGCUGAAGCAAUUAAAAAAGCAAUCAGCCACACUAAAAGUUCCGCAAGUCGUAUAUGGACUGUUUAUUGGAGUUGCCAUCAACGAUUUUUUAAACAACUUUGUAUGUCUUUAAAAGUACCAGCCAUUGUACGGGAAGCCAAAGCUGCUCUGGAUGAAGGAUAUUGUGUUGUUAUCGGUUUGCAAACCACUGGAGAAGCUAGCUUAGACAAUGAAAUUACUCGCCAAGGGAACAACACACAUGGCUAUAUCUCCACUGCGAAGGAAAUUUUAGUACGGUUUAUUUUACAACAUUUUCCAAUCGAAGAGAAAACAUCCAAAGGCACUAAAAUUAAUGCAUGGUGUAAAAAUGCUGCCGAUGCCUUACUACAAUUCAUCGAUAAUAUUAAUUUACCGAAUUGCUCCUUAGAUGAGUUAAUUCAACAAUUGGGUGGUACUAAUUGUGUCGCUGAAAUGACUGGACGCCGUGGCCGAAUAGUUUGUAUCAAUGGUAGUUCAACGCCUGUCUAUCAACUUCGUGAUACUGAUAGUAGUAGCGAUCAUGGCUUAGAAAGUCUCAAUGUAAGGGAAAAGAAUCUAUUCAUGCAAGGUAAAAAAUUAAUUGCUGUCUUAUCAGAUGCCGCUAGCACUGGUAUAUCAUUACAUAGCGAUACACGUGUAGCUAAUAAUCGACGUCGUAUUCAUAUUACUAUGGAGUUACCAUGGAGUGCUGAAAAAGCUGUACAACAACUUGGUCGAUCUCAUCGUUCAAAUCAAUCUAGUGCGCCAAUCUAUAAAUUAAUGACUACAAAUGUAGGUGGUGAGAAAAGAUUUGUUGCUGCAGUUGCUCAAAGAUUACUCUCAUUAGGUGCAUUAACAAGAGGUGAUCGUCGGGCAGCAACUGGCGCAGAUUUCUCCGAAUUUAAUUUUAAUACAAGUUAUGGCCGUUCAGCUUUAAAAUUGAUGUAUUCGUACAUUCAAAGAGGUGUCCUUUGCCCAAAUAUCACUUUCUCAAGUAUAUUACAAGCAAGUACACUGGAUGAUAGUAGUUACACCAUCUCUCAAUUUUAUAUCGAUAUGAAACAUUGUCUACUCGAUAUGGGACUAACUGCCUCCCUCGAAGCUCGUGUACCUGAAAAAGAUGCAACAGAUGUACAGCGAUUUCUAAACCGUAUCCUUGGUCUGACUAUCGAAAGACAAAAUUUAAUUUUUUCUUACUUUUGUCAAUGUCUAACAACUAGUAUUGAACGAGCUAAAAAAGAAGGGAAAUACAACGAAGGUGUAACCGACAUCAAAGGAACAUCAAUUGUUAUGGUUGAUUCACCAAAAGAGAUUUUUACUGAAGUUAAACGAGGUAAUGUUUCUACGAAGCAAGUUACGUUAUGUGUUGAUAGAGGAAUCGAUUGGCCAACAGUAUUAAAAUUAUACCAUGAACAAGCGACGGAUCCAUUAGAUGGGUUUUAUUGUUCUCGUAAUCGUUAUUUUAACCGAAAAUUUUAUCUUUUUGCGCUGUAUAAGGCUCAUCUAGAUGUUUUUAGCGUCGUUCGGCCUAAUACCGGAUUUUCGUCUUAUAUGGAAAAUAGUAAGGAUUUGUUACAAAAAUAUCACAAGUUAGAUCUUAGUGAUGCUGAAAAUGGAUGGAAAGAACAGUAUAACUCUACAGAGCUGGCAUGUAUUCAUGGUGGAUCAUGCAAGUUCGGUUCAUAUUGUACUGUUGGGAUUCGAAUUAAUCGUGUACAUAUUAUCUGUGGUGGUAUUAUACCAAUGUUGUCAUUACUGGAGUCGAUGUUAACUAACUGCGCCAGAAAGUAUAACUUAAGCAAGGAACAACAAACACUGAGAAUAGUACGAGUUCAGCUCGAUGACGGUAGAAAGAUUGUUGGACUUCGUUAUCCGGAACCAAUUAUUAGCGAAGUGACGACAGUCUUAAAAUGGGCUGUACAACAGCGGUUGUUAAAAAAUCAGGGUUUGCUUGACUCUGCGACACGUUUACCAACUGUUUUGCAAGAAGGUAGUUGUUAUGCACUUGCUGAUGCUGUCUUGUUAACAGUGGUUGGUGGUGCUAAACUAAUUACUGAAGAUGACGAUCAUGUUAACGAACGUCUGCUUAAACGAGCUUUUACUAAACCAUUAUCUAUUCGAAAUUAUUUUACUACUCAACAAAAUAACCUUCAUGGACAAGAGAAUAAGCAAGGUGAAAAAUUAAACGAUAAUCAAAAUAAUAGCAGCAAUAAUGACGAUAUAGUCGUCAUCUCUGAUGUUACAAACGUAUCGCCUACUCAUCGUAGCAUGAAUGGCAGCAGUAUACCGGUACGUAAUGGAAAGCAAAAAGCGGGAAAUAAGAGACAUAAUAAAGACAUACAUACUGACUCAAAUAAUACUAAAAGACAUAGACAGCUGAAAGUUUUUGAUGCCUUUCAACAAAAUGGACAAAAUAAGACUGCCAAUAGUGAUGAAGAUUCUGCAGACGAAUCCGACGAUAGUUUAUUGAUCUACUGCCCUGUAUGUAAUCACUGUUUUCCAUCAAAUACAAGCAAUCAAAUUAUAAAUCAACAUUUAGAUCAAUGUUUAGCAGGAAAUGCCGAUGACAGUUAA